AUGGAAACCAUAUACAGAUUCUCACUUCGUCUCGCCCCGAUAUCUCUCGCCGAAAAAUGCCUCCAACCCAGAACAAUCACCCCGAUAUUUCGGAAAACCCGAAUACACUUUUCGAACCCCGGACCUCUAAACCCGGAACAGGCCUUUAACACACAUUUCCCGACUCGGAAAAGCUACAGCUCAGGCUCUUCUCCAGUUGCCAAAGCGGGUUGGCUUCUGGGUCUAGGAGAGAAGAAGAAAAGCACGAGCUUGCCCGAUAUAGUGAAAGCGGGUGACCCGGUUUUGCACGAACCGGCCCAAGAUGUUGAGCCAGGGGAUAUUGGGUCGGAGAGGAUCCAGAAGAUAAUUGAUGAUAUGGUGAAGGUGAUGAGGAAGGCUCCUGGG